AUGUUAGCAGUGGACGACGGGUUUAUCGUGUACGGACCAAGGCUGUUGAUACCACACGGCCUGCGCCGUGAAACACUGGAGAAACUGCACGCCGGUCAUCAAGGGAUCGAGCGGACGAAGCGCCGUGCUCGACAAACCACUUAUUGGCCGGGUAUGGAUCGUGACAUAGAAAACUUAGUCUCCAGUUGUCCUCAGUGUCGACCUCUCCUCCCGAGUCAUCAGAAUGAGCCACUCUGGCAGGACGACGACCGGCCCAGCAGAGUCUUCGAGUCGGUGUCGGCCGAUUACUUCCACGUCGCUGGCCACACGUAUCUUGUGUACGUAGAUCGGAUGUCUGGAUGGCCGUAUGUUACUGCCUGCCCUCGUCCCGCGUCAGCAGACAACCUCAUCCGAGCUCUGAGGUCGGUAUUUGCUGAUACUGGUGUUCCUGUCAUUCUGAGGACGGAUGGUGGUCCCCAGUUCAAGGCUUCAACAACACGCCGCUUCCUGGCUCGAUGGGGGGUGGAGCACCGGGUGUCUUCCCCACACUACCCUCGCGCCAAUGGACACGCUGAGGCCGCUGUCAAAGCUGUCAAGAAGCUCAUAUUGACGACCACGGAAAGGGGGCACUUAGACAGCGACGCAUUCGCCAGGGGUUUACUGGAGUACAGGAAUACGCCGCGUGCUGAGGGAAGAUCACCAGCACAGAUACUCUUUGGACACCCCAUGAGAUCUACGGUUCCUGCCCAUCAUCGUUCAUAUGCACCAGAGUGGCAGCGCGCAGCAGACGAGUGUGACUUAAGGGCAGAACGUCUCAGGAACCAGGCGAAGCAGAGGCACGACACUACUGCACGAGAACUUCUUCGCCUUCAUCUCGGUGGUUAUGUCGACGUGCAAGAUCACGUGAGUGGCCAGUGGAACAAAGUGGGCGUCAUCGUGGGGGUAGGAAGACGACGCGACUACCUUGUCAAGAUGAACAGUGGGCGCAUCCUAUGGCGGAACCGGAAAUUCCUUCGUCCUCAUCGCCCGCUUAUGGGGCAGAACAAAUCCACUCCUCUCAACAUCUCGGCACGCACUCCAUCGCGCGAGGAUGCAGUACCACAGCUCGACUCACAGCUCCCGCCCCGUCGCAGUGGCCGCAACCGAAGACCACCACAGCGACUGCAAGUACGAUGGGACUCGGAUACCUACACACAAUGAUGCUUAGACAUAGUUAGACAUCUGUACAUUAGGUUCAGCUCUGAUGU